AUGAAUAAGUUUGAGGACGUGGAGAUGCUAGAUAUACCUCAAGCGGAGAAGAAGGUGGAAGAGGAGGUGGAGGAGGAAGCCUAUGACCAACUGUCUUCGUCUCUGACGGAGAGUUUAUCAGAACCAUCAUCAGAGCAAAACAUUGACGGCAAUUGCAUCGAGUCUUCGACCGCAUCUCCGCCAGAGCCACUGUUGCUCAACAUGGCAUCGGUGGCGCAGGCCAGUGGUGGUGGUGACUACCCUGAAUUGCUAGACUGGCUAAAUAGCGAUGACGAGUUGCAAUUCCGAUACCAUAAAUCCAGCAAGAAAGAUCUGGGUUUAAAGCCCACGGCGAUGUAUUCAGCAUAUAUCAACUUCAUCAAUUCCAACUUUAAACUCGUGGAACUGUUGUUGUCAAAACUUGAUUACGACGAGCAAGUGGAAGAUCUAAGCCCUCCCACAAUUGGAGUCAUCAGCACCAGUCAGAAAACACUAAACGGACCGAUUUCGAGGUCAAAAAGAAUCGACGCGGCAUUUCAGGACUUGGUAGAGAAUUUGCAAAAGCUUCUUGAACUGACUGCUGAAAAAGGAAAUGCAGCAGAGGAGGAGGAGCAGGAGGAACAAAAGGACAAGCUCAGCGAUGUGCUUUUAAUUCUAAAAUGCAUCGCUUCUACAUAUUUUUGUGCCGACGUGAGGAGAAGACCAGAGAUGGUUGCCGAGUGGGUCAACAGUUUCGAUCCGCAGCCACCGAGGGAGUUGAUCACUGAAAUUAUGAUCAAUCAGCCGCGAAGCUAUACGCACCCUUUAUUCUGGAACGGCCUUGUCCGCAAGAUGGUGCUACGGGGCUUGUUUCAACAAGUGGACGAAGUGUUGGAACAUUCAAAUUACAUAGAGUUGCGAGACAUGUGCAAUCCGCUAUUUUCAGCAAUUCAGGACCUCAAAAGCUUGGUAUCAUCUUACAAGUCGUACUGCUACAAGGGGCAGUUCAUGCAGUGGAAAAUACUAGCAUGCGAGUACCGAGAUUCAUUAUCCCAAUUGAAACGCGAGGUAACUGACUGGGAAGGCCAGGAUGUCAACUAUGGGACCGUGUUUGGGCAAAUCUACGACAUUGCAUGCAUCAUUACCGGGUUGCCCAAGACGAUUGCCACGUGCAGCGACUCGUGGUACGAAAUGUACCUCGCGCUUUCCCUAUACCAAAUCAGAGACAAUGAGCUGGUGAGCCACGCUUUUUUCAAGUCUGCCAUCUCGGAAGUGCCGCCUUCGCCCUUGGUGACAAACGCGGGUGUCGACUUUAAUCUCGAUGAUUUGACGGAGGGGACUUUUAUCAAUGCCAUGGAGGGACGAAUAAUGAAAGUAAUGGAGACCCUUUUUGACCUCAGUCCGGCAACGGCAUCGUACGUGUCACUUUUGAUGGAGUUGAAAGGAUAUUUCAAAGAUUAUCACUUGAACAAUACUACGGGCAAGCUCUUGGCUCCGCAGAAAACUAUAUCGGAAUAUUUCCUCACCCGGCAUGCGCAUGACUGUUUAAACUUGCACGAUCUUGUGCCUGUGGGUAUCGGCCUCUUGGGCAACGGCUUGAUUUACCAAAGACCAGAGAGCACCGAGGUGAAUCGCAACACCGUGGCCGAGUUUAUACCGCACUACGACAUCAAGUCUAAUGACGACUUGGAGUGGGCAUUGACCAUCUGUGCCGAUUUGCAGUUGGUUUCAACUGCACGCGACUUGUACUUUCAAGCUGGGACCCAGGCCUUCGAUGACGGGUUCUUAUACGAGGCAUUGAACAACUUUGUCAACUGCUAUGACCCUUUGCAAGUAUCGGGCAGCACACACUUGGAAGGGUUGCACAAAAUCCAUUUCAUUGUCUGGGACAUCAUCUUUACCGAUUGUCUCGUCAACAACAAGCCCAUCAGAGACGACUUGCUCAACAAUAUCGUUGAGCAGAAACUAGACAUGGAGUUGCAUCCCGUGAUCCAGCAAUGCAUCUCGCCAUAUGCGGUGUUGAAAGAGUUUUACGACUCGUUGAAUGAUUCCACAGUGAAAGCAUCGAGCAAGCUUUCCAAGAUUAUCCAUUUGUUGAAAUUUCAGUACAUGCCCAAGAAAUUCUGCCCGUUGCUCUUGUGCCAGUUUCUACCGUUUUUGGCAACCAACCAAAAACUCCCCUUGCCGGAUCUCAUUGUUGGUGUCGAGUUGAUUGACAACUACGAAUCCGAGGCUACCGAGGAAGAAAAAGAGCAAGGAGAGUAUCUCUACGACUAUUCAACCAAAGUUCAAGAAAUCGACACACAGUCGGAGCACGACUGGAGAAUUGGAGCAGAGCCUAUACCACCUGACGUCAAGAGUAUGCUCGUGUUGUUGAGAAGUAGAAUCACUGCUAAAGUUGGCAAAGUUUUUAUAGAUUGA